AUGUGGGAACUCCGGUCUAUAGCCUUCUCCAAGGCUGUGCUAGCAGAGUUCCUGGCCACACUGAUCUUCGUCUUCUUUGGCCUUGGCUCAGCACUCAAUUGGCCACAGUCUCAGCCUUCAGUGCUGCAGAUUGCCAUGGCCUUUGGCCUGGCUAUCGGCACCCUGGUUCAGGCUCUGGGCCACGUCAGUGGGGCCCACAUCAACCCUGCUGUGACUGUGGCCUGCCUGGUGGGCUGCAAUGUCUCCUUCCUCCGGGCAGCCUUCUAUGUAGCCGCCCAGCUGCUGGGGGGCGUGGCGGGGGCUGCUCUGCUCCAUAGGAUCACACCAGCAGACAUCCGAGGGGACCUGGCUAUCAAUGCACUCAGCAACAACACAACAACAGGCCAGGCGGUGACUGUGGAGCUUUUCCUGACCCUGCAGUUGGUGCUCUGCAUCUUUGCCUCCACCGAUGAACGCCGCACAGACAACCUGGGCACCCCUGCCCUCUCCAUUGGGCUCUCUGUGACCCUGGGCCACCUCCUUGGGAUCCACUACACAGGCUGCUCCAUGAAUCCUGCCCGCUCGCUGGCUCCUGCUGUGAUCACCGGCAAGUUUGACGACCACUGGGUCUUCUGGAUCGGACCUCUGGUCGGCGCCAUCCUAGGUUCCCUGCUCUAUAACUACGUCCUGUUCCCGCCCAACAAGAACCUGGCCGAGCUUCUGGCGGUGCUGAAGGGGCUGGAGCCCGACACCGACUGGGAGGAGCGCGAGGUGCGACGGCGCCAGUCUGUGGAGCUGCACUCGCCGCAGAGCCUGCCGCGCGGAAGCAAGGCUUGA